AUGGGAGACGGCUAUUCAACUUUUCUGCUUGACAUCGAGGGGACAGUAUGUCCGAUCUCGUUUGUGAAGGACACUUUGUUCCCCUAUUUCACGAAGCAAGUGCCGCAGUUGGUGCAGCAGGACUCGAGGGACUCGGCAAUCUGCGAGAUUCUGUCGCAGUUCGGCAUCGACGAUAAACAUCAGUUGCAAGCGCACAUCCUAGAGUUGGUGGCUAAUGAUGUGAAAGACCCCAUCUUAAAGCAGUUGCAAGGCUAUGUCUGGGCCCACGGCUACGAGUCUGGACAGAUCAAGGCGCCUGUUUAUGCAGACGCCAUCGAUUUCAUUAGGAGGAAGGAUCGUAUAUAUAUCUACUCUAGCGGGUCCGUAAAGGCGCAGAAGUUGUUGUUUGGACACGUUCAGGGCCGGCGUGCGCCUACGGGCGAUUCCCUGGACUUGAAUGCAUAUAUAGAUGGUUACUUCGACAUCAACACAUCCGGGAAGAAGACUGAGACGCAGGCCUAUGCCAAUAUUCUGCAAGAUAUUGGUGUGAGCGCUAACGAUGUACUAUUCUUAAGCGAUAAUCCAUUGGAGCUGGACGCAGCUGGUGCCGUUGGAAUGGCUACUGGGUUGGCUGUGCGGCCCGGCAAUGCUCCCGUUUCCGAUAUGCAAAAGUAUCGAGUGUACAAAAAUUUCGAAGAUCUUUGA